AUGGAUACCACGGCGCCCUCUCCUAGCUUCUACCAACACAACUAUGCCAGCACGCCCCAACAGCACCAGCCCUAUCCCUCUCCCCUGCCGACGCACGUCAACGCCCCGCAUCGUACCCCUCUGAGCAUCCACCGCCGACCCCCUCCUGUGCACUACCUCCACCAGACUCCGAACGGCAGCUCUCCCCAGCUGCCUAUGACCCCGCCGUACGCGGCGUUCCAGUACCCACCAAACAGCAUACCCCCAACCACGCAUCAGACUUCUCCCCAGACCCCUGCCGGCUCCGAGCCAUUGCCCUCGAACCAUAUUCACGUCAUCCGAACGACGCCGCAAGCACAGCCGCCCCAGGUGGCAAUGUUCCGAUCCAACUCCACAAUGUCGACCACUAGCACCAACCGCCCGCCGGCGCUGUCGAACGGCCCCAGUCCGACCGGAGGAGAAGAGGUGAUUGCCGAUAUGAGCGAGCAGAGCUAUGAGGGGUUCCCGCCGGGUACGAGCCAGCAGCAUGCGAGGAUGGUGCAGCAGCAACAGCAGAGUCAGCGAGGGGAGCAAGUGCCAGUCGGACCAGGGGAGCCACAGUCGGCCCCAGGACGGUGGCAGAUGGCGCCGGGGCAGCAGGCAGCGCACCUUUGGCAAAGAAUGCUGACGGGAAUCAUCACCUCUCUCCAACUCUACUCUCUACGACCCUGCUCGAUGGAAUACCUCUUACACUCUCCCCUCUCCCCUAUCCCUACCGCCCAACUCAUGGCAUCCUAUUCAUUCUCCGCCGUCUCUCCACCCCGCACGCCUUCCAAACAUGCCUCGCCCGAUACCGGCGCCGACGCUCAAACGCAAUUGGACUCGCUACUCGAAUCGCUCCCGCUCCAACCGACUUCGGCAUCACCCGACGAUCUCUUGAAUGCGCUGGAUUGUAUCGCCCGGGAGAGUAGUGGUGUGCAGGCGCAUCCAUCGCAGGAGCCGUUGCCUCAGCUAGAAGGGGGAGCUGGGCUGAGGGUUAUUGUGAACUUUAUUGAGGCGCUAGGUCAAAUGCAGGGCGACGACCUGAACCAGUGGACAUCCUUCAUUCUCCACAACUUUGAAGACAGCGCCCGCUUCCAAUUCGUCGUCACCGGAAGCACAACACACCUAUACGACAUCCCCGCCCACUACCUCCCCCGCUUCUUCCUCACCCUCCCUUGCAUACCCCACAUCCUCUUCACAGACCCCAUCGAAUCAUCCUUCGACCCGCCCUCAUCAUACGAGAGGACAAUUUUGUGUUCGGAUAUGGAGUGGAAGAUAUUGGAGAAGAAGUGGAAGGGGGCGUUUAGUGCGGUGGUGGGGAGGGGGAGGAGGAUGGAGAGGAUGGAGGUGGUUUUGAGGGAAGGGGAGGAUGGGCCGUUCCCGGAAGCUGGGUUGAGGGUUUUACGGGUGGCGCAGGAGAUGGAGUCAUUUGCUUUGAUCAUGCGGUUACAGCAGGAAGAGAACCUGGCCCCGAAGGAUGCUCUAGCACGAUUCACUCUUCCAGAGGAGCAAGAAGAGCAAGCGCCGGACGAUUCAUGA